UGUUUAGCGCAGUCUUGCGCAUAAACACGUUGCAGAAAGAACUUCCGCUUUCUGCAACCAACUUCCUAUCGUGAAAGAUCAGAAAUGGCUGCUAACCAUAGACUAGCAUAUUCUAUCAUAGAAUAUAUAGGAGAACAGAUUUCUAGUGGAGAAGUUUCAGUAGAAGAAGCAGAAAGUCUAGAAGUUGCAAGACAGUGUUUGGAGCAGGCAUAUCAUAUAAAUCAUGAAGAUGCAGCAGCAGCUGAAGCUUUACGUGUUCCUAAACCACUAAGACAGAUCUUUCAGGAGUAUCUGGCUGUAGAACAGGUACCUAGUGCUGCAGAGCCGGUCACAGUUCUCCCACCGGAGGCCUCUCUAUCACAAGAAGACAAAAAGAGAGCAGAGGAGUUAAAAGCUAGAGGUAAUGAUUUAAUGAAAAGUGAAAGGUUCAAGGAAGCUAUGGAGUUCUAUACUCAAGCUAUUCAGAUAGAUGGAAGGAAUGCUGUGUAUUAUUGUAAUAGGGCUGCAGCUUACAGCAAAUUGAAUGAACAUAGAAAAGCUAUAGAAGAUUGUAAUAUUGCCUUAAAAAUAGACCCUCAUUACAGCAAAGCAUAUGGAAGAAAGGGGCUAGCCCACUCUACACUAGAGGAGCAUACUGAAGCUGUAGAAUGUUACAGAAAAGCAGUGGAGUUUGAUCCGUCUAACCAAAGUUAUCAGAACAAUCUAGAUAUAGCAGAACAGAACUUAAGGGAAAGGCAACAGCAGAGGGGUCCUGCUGGUUUCAACUUGGGCGGAUUAGAUUUUACGUCAAUGCUAAAUAACCCAGCCCUCAUGAAUAUGGCAUCACAGAUGAUGUCCAAUCCACAAAUGCAACAAAUGAUGGCCAACAUUUUAUCUGGCGUCCAGGGACAGGAGGCAGGUCCAGAGGGGAUCAGCAAUCUACUGGCAGCUGGCCAGACACUUGCCCAGCAGAUGCAGAGUAGCAAUCCUGAAUUAGUGGAAAUGCUGCGCAGACAGACACAGGGGGCGCCACAGGGCCAGCCGCAGAAUGAUACAAACCCAGACAAUCCAGAUCCUCCAGGGAGCUCAUGAUCUAGUACAGCAGUAUUCAGUCCUGAUCCACCAGGGUCAGAGGCCAGAGAAGGUGUGGGACAGUGGACUUUCCAAACCAUUACAUUUCAUGUUAGAAUUAUACUCUGUGCAUUCAAGAAGUGAAAUUAGCAACUUAUAGCUUAUUGAAGGAAAAAAGGACUGGCAUUUUAAGUGUUUACUUGUCUUAUGAAGACCACAAAACUUGAAAUGAUAAUUUAUUCUGCAGAUUGGCUACACGCAUAUAUCCGUCUAGUUUAACAUGGCUGUUUGCUCUCUUUGUCGCAAAAGUUCUUUAAAUUUUAUACCAAAGGAUGGUGCUUCACUGCUGUUGAUGUACUACUUCAUGACAGUGGGAAUGUUUACACGUUCUUGCAUUUAUACUCUUUGUUAGUUGUGACAUGUUGUAAGCCUCUUCUUUUAUUUCAAAGAAAGCAUUUUUCACUCAUUUAUGUACAAAAUUAAAUGGACUGUAUGCAGGGUUUUGGUGUAAAAAUAUCCCCCCCCCC